CAGCCAGACACGGAGGGAGAACAGCUGGACUCUUUGCUGAGAUUUAUCUUCAGCGCAGGCUAGCAAAUUUUUGGGGACUUAUAAACUAGCCUAGAAUACAUUAUUACUCAUUUUUGUGGUCAGAAUGACUGUUAAUAGCUGUAGAUUAUUGUUGCAUCUGAUGUGAUGAUCUUUGCAGCUGACAUCAACAGAUAAGAUGCUUCGCGGAGAAACAUAUUAGUUCCUGAGAGGAGGAAACGGCUGGGAACCAACACGGACCACCAUCAGUGCCCCUUCUACAGUAAACCACAGCCUACCAUCAGGAAAGAGAAGGGCGAUGGAAACCUUUUUUAAGCCUGUUCACAACCCCUCUGCCCCGGACGAGAUCAAGCCACGGAGGCACCACCAUCAGCAUCAUUUUCACCAUCACCAAGACCCUCAGUCACACAGUAGAUACACAAUGUUUGACGACACAGAUAGAAAUACAGAUGAAAGCCAUGGGCAGCCCCGACACCACCAUCAUGGUCACUAUCUCCAUGACAGUCCUCACCACGAUUCCCACCAUCGUCAUCAAACACAACAACUUUCCCACAGUGAAGAGGACGAGCUACAUUACAACCACCACACCCCCGUAACUCUCUCUAGAGCCUCAUCCUCUUCCCUUUCUUCAUCCUCUUCCUCCUCCUCUUCUUCUACCUCCUGGCACACAGGGCCGAGCGCUAAUGAUCCCUUCUCUCUUCGCCAUGCUGCGCGUCCACAGCAUUCCUUGUCCUGCUCCAACAUCUUAGAUGUGCGCAGAGAUUUUCAGGUAGACAGCAGCGGUGAGCCCGUUGUGAUUGCCACCAUCAAACAUGGCAAAAAAGACAAUGUUUGUGACGAGAUUCAUGGAAACUCACAACAAAGGGUAAAGCCUUGUUUUUCUUCCCUUGACCGAGGUCACAGCAGAAGUGAAGAAGGCCUUCUGCAGCGUAAUGAAAGUGAUCGUGGAGGAGAACAAUCCAGGGUAUCGCAUAUGAACUAUGGGCCUUUAUAUAAGACAGCUAGUUUGAACCGAAGUCUCGCUUUUAGUGAGGAGGAUAUUGUGCUUGGGGUCUCCAGGGGCCCGAAGAGAGCAGUGUCCUCCAUCCAGCUACCCAGCAAAGGGAUCCUGAAGAACAAAAAGCCUUUUACUGACAUUCGCAAGGCAAAGUCGAUGGAGGUGCUGUCACCAAGAGUGUCCAAAGGACAAGAUAUGAGUGCCCAGAAAGGUAAAGGGACCACUGAAGCUGAGAUACAACAAGCCAGGUCAAAUUUUGUGCAAGGAAAGCUGCAAUUCUCAGCCUUUCUAGAUGAGAUAACAAAACAGGUUAUAAGUCCGUCAGCUCUCACCAUCUUGGGUGUGAACAAUACUAAAUCUACUGGGAAGGCAGCUGCCCCAACCCCGCAGACACCUAGUCCAGUCAAACCUCAGCUCCCACCCAAGAAGCACAGAGAUACCUCGGGAGAGGAGAGGGAGCGGCAUCCGAAACAGUACAACAGACAGGAGAAAUCAGCUCACGGCAGCUCUCGCAAACACCCGGACUGUUCUAAUCCUGAAAAACUGAUUUCAUAUGCAGCCAGGAACCAUGAUGGUAGCCCCCCCGAUUACCACCCUCACCCUGCCAUCCACAAUACUCACCAUGCAAACAGCCGGAAAGACAGUAGGCCAUCGCCCACUGGAGGCUCAAGAGAUAGAUAUGGCAUAUGUGGCUCUCACUUAACUGAUGGCACCAGCACCAGCCCCGAACUCAGCCAACCAAAACAACGUCACCAUCGCAAACAGCAGCCCACUGCCUCCCACUCUCCACAUACCCAACACUUCCACCAGCACCCACCUCAGCAGGUGCACCCAGACUCUGGUCACCAAGGACCCAACAGCACCCCGAGAUCCUCUGCUCAGGGUGCAGGAGCAGGCCUUGGAUAUGAGUCUUCAUCUACAAAAUCUGAUUCAUCCAGGGCCAGAGACACAGCCUCCACAGCUACCAGUCACAGUUCAGAGAGGAGUAGUCGACACCAUAUGCAAUAUAUGGGGCAUUCAAAACAACGCAGGGACACACCUUGUGAUGCCGACCACCUCCGGGUGCUGCAAGAGGAAAAUGAAGAUCUCCACCAGAACUUGCUGCAGACAGUGGUUUGCAUUGAGAGCCUGGAGGCGGAGCUGCAGAGGACAAGGGACGAGCUCAGUCACGUCAAGGAGAAAUAUAAUAGCCUUCUGGAGACCCACAAUGGGACCAAGCAGGCCAAUAACCUGCUGGGUGAACACCUCCACAUAGCGUCAGAGAGCCUGAGCAGUGAAAGGAAGUACCUGCAAAAGCGUGUAUCUCAGCUGGGUUCAGAGUUAGAGGAUGCCCACAGGACCAUCGCUGCCCUCGAGAACAUCAAUGUGCCGUGCUUAAUAAAGGAUUUAUUGGAGAAGCACUUCCACUCAGCUGAGGCCGUACAGAAUAUUCUGACCACCUUUGCUCCAAUCAGCCAUUCUGCCAGCCCUCCACAAGGAAACUUCCAAAUCCACACUCCUAAAAUGGAGGAAGCAGCACACGAUCGGUUGACAAAGUCAGAGGCAGGUCUGCAGAGGGUCACAGCUUUCAUGCCGUUUAAACAGGGGGUGCCAACAACAGCAACUGGAGCCUGCCUCUCAAACCAACAUGAGCUGAGCCACAGCCCACCUAUCUCUGUAGCUGACAUCAGCACUGCUAUAUAUAAGAAAAUGGCUGCUGGCUAUGCUGCCCGACCACAACCUCUCUAUCCCCAAAGCCAACAGCAGCCUCCCCUGGUUACUAGCCACACUGACACCCCUCCAAACCGUCAGCAGGCCCAUGUGGGUGGAGACAGCUGGGGUGGAUAUGAAGGGGUAAAGGUAACGCUAUUGGAGCAGGACGUUGUGGAUGUGACCUCCAUGUCAGCCCAGCAGAUCCUGGAUGAUUUCAUGCAGCAGCUGCAGGCCCAUAAUGAGGUGGGUGGUGGGACGGAGCCACAGGUCAGGCAGGAGUGGGUGGGAGGAGCGGAGCACACAGGCAAAGUGGCAGAGUGAAGAUUACAUCCUACAACAUGGCAGGAUGAAUAUAUGUUCUCAUCUUAAUGUCUUUAGAUCUAUAUUUAUUCAUAUAUGUCACUGGUGCUUUAUUCAAAUAUUGUUUAUCCAAAAUGCUGUGGCUGAGGGAUUUUUUGUGUAUUUAUUGUUGUUGUUGUUGUUGUUUUGGCUUGUAUAUAAUGCACUUUCAGGCUUUACAUAGAAUGUUAAACGGAUGUCAGAAAUCUAAAUACAGUACACAGAGAAAAAAUGUUUUUUUGGUACCCCAAACUAACAGUAUAAUACAAAAUGCAUCAAUAAUACCUGCAAUGGUGCAAUGAAAUGACAAAAUAUAAAAAAAAUGUAAUGUAAUAAUGUUUAAUUUACUUUUCCCUGUUACCUUGUCAGAGCAUGUUACAUGACAGACUACAGAGCCACUAUUCACUAUGGUGAGUAUCAGAAUAUGACUUAUGUGUUUAGUAGCCCCUGGUGUAAAGUGACAGAAUGAUUAUCUUUGAUAAAAGUCAUCAUGUGAUGUGAAUUUAGAACAAACAAAAAAAACUUGAUGGCCAAAAACAACAACACUUUUUAGGCAGGUGUUAGGCCUAGAAACAGUUUUUAAUUUCAGUAGUGAGCUCAGCAGCUACAGUCGAUCUUUUAUUGCAAUGAAAUACUCCUUUAAAGUAGGAGACAAGAACAUCUGUUAACUGUGUACAGUACUUUCAAUAAGAAUAACAGAUCUGAGGUCAUCACACAGUAUUAAUCUGUUACCAACCUAUUGUCAGGGUAGUUUUCUCAAAUAUGAUUUUAUGCCAGAUAGCUGUGUUAUCAAUAUGUAUAGUAUAAGAAAACUAUGUAAGGCUGUUACAAUUUAAAAACUAUUAACUGAUUUCUGUGAGAUAUACAUUUAAAUUAAUGUAAAAUUGCUCUAUUACUAUAUUACCUGUGUAAAUGUUUAUUUCCUCUCUCUCUCUCUCUCUCUCUCUCUCUCUCUCUCUCUCUCUGUGUGUGUGUAUAUAUAUACAUAUAAUACAUAAAAAAUGCUGGACCUCCCUUUCUGAAACGAUAUGAUUACUCCGUGUAGAUGUUUUAAGUGUCUUUAGAAGGAAGAACAAAAUUGUAAAAUUAACAGUUGUGACAAAGUAUAUUAGUUAACACAUUAAUGUUAUUGUAAUCUGUAUAGCCCUCAACUCUCAUCUGUGCACACUGUACCCUCUGUUUAAUAAAGCUAUGAAUUCUGCUCUACAUCAAUCAAAUAUGUAACUGUCAUUGCAGCUGUUCCUCCAAUAAAAAUAGUCAUAUUAAAUUAC